AUGGGUACAAUACAUGCAUCGAGAAAAAUACAGGAAGAACCAAACAUAGUAACCCACGAAGAAGAAGAUUGUAUACCAUGCAGAGAACCGCAAGACAAAGCGCCAGGAAAUCCAGGAAGUUUCGAAGAAAUACAUAAGAAGGUUAAAGAUCUUUAUCCGCAGAACUUCGAAGGUGCGCGACUCGUCAUCAACAAAAUCCUUAGUGACCAUUUUAACGUAACGCAUUCAAUAACUCUUAGUUCCGUUACACCGUCUGGAUAUAAGUUCGGCGCAAAGUACAUUGGUACAAAACUGGUCAGUUUGAAAGAAAGAUAUCCCAUAGUCGUCGGAGAUAUCACGCCAAAUGGGAAUUUGACUGCGUCGUUUGUACAUACUCUUGGAUGUAGAUUUAGAUAUAAAUUAUCGGCGCAAAUUGCCGACGGGAAAUGGAAAGCAUCAAGUUCCAGCUUGGAGUAUCGCUCGAAUGAUUUUACGGUAGCGGUGACCUUAGCCAACCCAAAGCUUACAAAAAGGCAAGGAACAGUAGUAAUACACUUUUUACAAUCGAUCACGUCGAGAAUCGCGUUAGGAGCCGAGAUUGCUUGCCUUCGUGGCUCGAAGAUUCCAGGUGGUCAACAGACAAUUAUGUGCAUGGCUUUUAGAUAUAGUACAGGACCUACGACAUUAUCCGGAACGAUAGGUGAAGCGGGUCUUCAUCUUUGCUAUCAUCGCAAAGCUAGUUCGCAAUUGGAACUCGGAGUCGAGUUAGAAACAAAUACGAGAACUCAUCAAUCAAUCGCUACUAUAGUUUACCAAGUAAAUGUACCGUACGCAGAUCUUGUUUUCCGCGGUAUCGUAAAUUCCGAGACUACAGUUGGUGGUGUGUUUGAAAAGAAACUAUACCCAAUUCCAGAAUCCUCGCUAGUUAUUAGCGCGCUUUUAAAUCAUAAGAAGCAGCAAUUUCGUGUGGGGGUUGGCCUCAACAUCGGACAAUGA